UGGGUCGUGGGCUUCGUGGGCUCCGUAGGCUCGGGGGACCCCUCGCCCGGUGGUGUCUGCUGGCUCCAGCAGGGCAAAGAGGCCACCUGCAGCCUGGUGCUGAAGACCGAUGUGAGCCAGGCUGAGUGUUGUGCCUCUGGCAACAUUGACACCGCCUGGUCCAACUUCACCCACCCAGGGAACAAGAUCAGCCUCCUGGGCUUCUUGGGCCUUGUCCACUGCCUCCCCUGCAAAGGUGAGACCCCGGGCGUCAGCCACAAUCCAGGGUCACUAUACAGGGCCCCCCGCCGGCCUGCCCAGAAACGCGAGUCAGGGAACAGACGAAGAGUAGGGUGGAAGUUUGGAAAGGGGUCCCGGGGCUCCCGUGGGGUGAGAAAGUCCUGCGCGCACGUGGUGUGCCAGCGGCCACAGUCGUGCGUGGUGGACCAGACAGGUAGUGCCCACUGCGUGAUGUGUCGCGCUGCGCCCUGCCCCGCGCCCUCCAGCCCUGGCCAGGAACUCUGCGGCAACAACAACGUCACCUACAUGUCUUCCUGCCACCUCCGCCAGGCCACCUGCUUCCUGGGCCGUUCCAUUGGCGUGCGACACCCGGGCAGCUGCGCAGGUGCGGAGCGGAGCGGGGAGCAGUGGUGGGCUGUAGGCCCCAGCCCCUCUCCGUACCCCCAUUUCUCUGUUCGUCCCUCCCACUCAGCAGGCACCCCUGAGCCAGCAGAUGUUGAGUCGGAGGAAGAAGAGGAGAACUUUGUGUGACUUAACAGGGUGGCCUGGGCCUGGCGUUCAAGGCCUCCCCCAUUUUAUUUAUUGCCAGAGCAAAGCCUAAUUUAUGUCCCAUGGACACUCCCCAGAGCCAGGACCGGACCACUUGCGGGAGCCCUGGACCCUUCCCCCCAACCAUAUCUUGGAAGAAUUGGUGGGAGGAGGCCUGGGAGCAGUGCUGGUAGGGGAACCCUCCACCCCAAACACCCUACUACUGUUCAAGAGGACCCUGCUUCUGUUCCCUCGGGAAUAACUAUUAAUUAUCACUGCCACUGAGAGGGCUGAGAGUUCUCUGCCAGCAAUUAAUGAAAAGGCACCCUAGCCUUCUAGAACAGGAACCAAGGAUGGGGAGGGGUCCACAACCUGGGUGCAUAUACAUAAACUUCAGAACAUGCUCAGAACCCCGGACAGGCCAAGGAAGCAGUCUUUCCCCUACCAACCCAAGUAUUCAGGGCUUUCCUUCCCCACUGCCUCCACGUACCCAGUAGGUCCUGUAAAGGCCCCUGAGAAAAGCCCAGCUUAUCCCCUGGUCAGGGAGGCACUGUCUGUGCCUCCUGACAUAGGCCUCAGCUCAGCAUUAGCUCAGAACAGGGCCCAAUCCACUUCGGGUGAGAUCUCCUGGGGCCCAGGAGCCCCUACUCAUCCGGUGGGAUAUAGACACCAAGGCCCACUGCACACCUGGCCUCCUGGAGCUACGUGUCUGAACAGCACCCCUAGUGCCUGCUGACCCGUCCACAGGUGAGGUCCAGACACAGGACCCCUUGGUAUCAUGAGGCCCACCCUUGGGUCUCUAGGCCCAGUUCCUAGGUGAACCCUCUUUGCCCACCAGCUAGGCUCAGGGGUCUCAACUCCAGCUUAGGGCCAAUUCCCUGCAUUCCUGGGCUGUCACUCAAUGCCACCUCCUUGUGCCUUUGUGUAGACCAGAGGCUCAAACCCGAUAUGGGAAUUCAGCUCCUCAAGUUUGGGGCAAGGAGCUCAGGGGGCAGUGUGCCCACCCUCUCCCAGCCCCCAGGAAGUGCCUUACCUAUGUAUGUCACCCAGAAAAGUGUCCUUGAGUAGGUGAGUUUGCCCAAGCCAUCCAAUAAGGCAAUUUUCCCCGCCCUGGGGUCCUGCCUCACCAAAGAAAUAAAGAUUGUAAAAAGCCA